UUUAAUUUAAAUCAUUAAUUUUUAUCGCGGCGGAGCGCGAGCCAAAAAACUAGUGAGAUUUAAAAGAAAAAACAUUAUAUUGCCUUUAAGUGUUUAGUGCAAAACUCGUGAACAAUAACUCAAAUUAUAUUGCCUUUAAGUAAUCAAAAUUAAAGGUACUAAUCAACAGCAAAGUGGACCCUUGUUUGAAUAAAAAGAAAACUGAAAAAGCUUUGCUUCCAUCAUGGUUGUCACGCCGGCCGGCAUGCCACUAGUUCAACGUGUACCGUGUCAUAAAACCGACAUGACACCACCGGUAUGACCGACAUGAUCGAUAUACGAAUCUCCAAAUAAAAUAAUCUUAUCUUAGUGAAUUUAAUUGAUAAAAAGUAAUUUAUUAUUUAUUUUAUAUGUUAAAAAGUUAAAUGUUGAUGUUAUUUGUUGGAUUCAAGUACAAAUAUUUAGGUAUUGUCGUUAAAUGUCAUGUUUAAAUAUGAGUAUUUGUAAAUUAUUUAUAAUAUUAAUCGGCACAAACCGAUAUGUACCACCAGUUAAACCAUUCCACUUGCUAAACAGACACACUGACAUAAACCGGUUUGACAACCUUACUUCCAUAUCAUCAUCACAUCCACCAGGCUAAGGCUCAUGCUCCUUUCCUAUCUUGUGUGGUGCCCUUUUUCUUAUUAACAACAGCAAAAUGGACCCCUCACUUCUCUUGUUGCCCCAACCCAAUGCAACCUUUUUCUGCACUUCCCCUCGUUUUGAAAUUCAAAAUUUUUAAACGGCUAACCACCAUUCCCUUGAGAACAUCUCAUCGUACCACAAAAACGACACAAUAAAAAACCAUUAAUGAGUUUCAAGUCCAACAUUGGGCAACUUUGAGGUUUCCCAAAUUUACUCAUCACCCACAAAGCUCCAAACCCCACAGCUCUCAUGGGGGAAACAGUUACCUGUCUCAUGCAGCAGCAGCCAUUCUCUUACACUGCAGGCAUCUCCAAUGAAGCCAAAGAGGGGAACUUGAUCAGCUCACUGGGGCAAUCUGUCUCCUUUGGGAGGUUCACUUCAGAGUCUUUGUCAUGGGAGAAAUGGUCGACUUUCUCUAGCAACAAGUAUGUCGAAGAAGCUGAGAAAUUCUCCCGCCCUGGCUCGGUGGCUGAGAAGAAAGCCUUCUUCGAGGCUCAUUACCGCAAUCUCGCUGCUCGGAAGGCCGCCGCAGAAGCUGCCGCUGCUGCAGAAGCAGCUGCAGCGUUGCUUGAGCAGGGGAAUGGUGGGGAAAUGGAGGAAUCAGAACCAAAUGAGGUUAAUGAGCCAAACCCUAGUUUUGGGGUAAAGGUUGAAGCUUUGGUUGAUGUUGAAUCUGUUGAGAGCAAGGAGGAAGGUAAUAGAGAUGGUGGUCCUGAUGGUGCAGAGCAAAUGGAGAAGCCGUUGUUGAAGGUCACGAGAACAAAGUCAAAAGGUUCUGCACGGAAGUCCAAUGAAUCUGAACCAGUUAAGGCCGAUGAAGGUAGAGAGCAGAUGGAGAGGCCAUUGUUGAAGGCAAUGAGAACAAAGUCAAAAGGUUCCGCACGGAAGUCGAAUGAAUCUGAACCAGUUAAGGGCAGUGAUGGUAGAAAGCAAAUGGAGGAGCCAUUGUUGAAGGUAACGAGAACAAAGUCAAAAGGUUCUGCACGGAGCUCCAGUAAAUGUGAACCAAACAAGGCCAAUGAACCCAACCCACCACCCGAAAACGAAGCUGUCGAGAGUUCUUGCACAAAGAUAGAAGCUUUGACUGAAGUUGAAGCUAUUGAGAGCGAAGGGGAAAGUACAAACCAAAUGGAGAAGCCAUUGUUGAAGGAUGUCAUCUCUAAUGCAAGUGAUUCUGACUCGUUCACCAAGAAGAAGCCUGCAGUUUCUUUCUCAAGCAACUUGGUUGUAAGAAGAAAAGUUCCAGCAGCCAGAAAUGAAAGCUUGACUGCUACUACUACUCCAGUCAACAAGAGAUCGUCGACACCAAAAUCAAGUCAGAAUAAGGCCAUCAACUUCACUCCUGUGAGAGAGAUCAAUAGAAUAACUUCCACCAUCAUCAGGAAGAUUGAUUGUUCUAGAGCCGGAUCGAGUAAGCCUACGAUGGCUAAAGAUUAUAGCUCAUUAGUUUCAACUCCAUUCAGAACUCCAUCUAGAGAAGAAUCUAAGAAUCACCCAGAAACAACCCCACAGUCAGAAUUCUGGGCAAGAACACCUCUUCAUCCAUCAGCAGCAGCAUCAGCCUCUGGAAGCAAGGCAGUUAAGCCAAGAUGGCAUUUCCUACCUACAGAUUGCUCGAAGUUUAUGAGUGGCAGCAGAAACAAAUCCCAGCAGUCACCAUGCUUUCCUACGCCUUUCAGCUUGAGAACAGAAGAAAGAGCUGCAAGACGAAAAGGGAAGCUGGAAGAGAAGUUCAAUGCUAAUCAAGCUCAAAAGGUUCAGUCACAAGCAACAGUCAAGGAGAAGGCAGAAACAGAAAUGAAAAAGCUGAGGAAGAGCCUUUGCUUCAAGGCCAGGCCAUUGCCAGGGUUCUAUAAGCAAAGAGUAACACCAAAGAACCAGAUGGACAAGGCUCCACUGACACAUCCUUCUCCAUCACAAGAACCAGAGACUUCAACUGCAAAAAUGGUGAAGAAUACUAGUACUAUUCCACAGAUUGUUCAGAGAAGUUCAAGCAAGAACAGUGGCAGAAAUGUGAAGAAGAACGACGACAGCUGCAACAAUCCGCGGUGCCUACGUGCGAGACUGAGAGCAACUGCUGCGGAGAAUAGUUGUCCAAAUAUCCAGCAACAAGCAACCUGAAGAUUGCUAGAUGCAAGUUCUUUCGUGGGGGGUGAGAUCUUGUGAAGCAGGCUUCACAGUAUAGAACAGUACCACUGUCCACAGAGAGGGCCAAGCUGACCUUGUUCUGUCAUUAACCAUUGACCCAUUUUCUUUGAUCUUCCUUUCUUUUCUUCAUAGAAUGAGCUGAUUAGUUCUUGUAUGUUUUGAACCAUGUCAUGGUUGAGCUUCUGAAAUCUGAAUGACUAAUGUUUGAUCCAUUGGAAUGAGCUCGAGUGUUCAGUUGCUUCAACUUCCUCAUUAUAACAUACCAAUCCAUAGCAUAGCUGUUAGCUACCUUAAUAACCAAAUGAGAAAGUACAAUACAUGGGUCUGGUUGCA